GUUUGCCGCUGUGAAAUUUGACUUCGGUCGAGGGCGGAAGAAGGCGCGGGCAUAUCACCAAUCAACAAUGGCGCGCAGGGCGUUGCUUAUCGGCGCUAGCUAUGGCGACAACAGCAAUCUGCCUACUCUGCAUGGAGCGGUCAAUGAUGUCGUGCAGGCGAAGACAGCGCUCACGACGGUGUAUGGAUUUGCAGAGGCUGAAGUGUGCGUGCUGGCCGAUGGGGAAGUGGAUGCGAGCUGCGUUAAGGCUUGCACAACGCCGCCCACGAAAGCUUGCAUCCUGGCGGCGCUUGAUUGGUUGGUCAAGGGUGCGUGCGCAGGUGAUGUGCUGUUCUUCCACUUUUCUGGAUAUGGUACGCGUGUUCCCUCGGCAUCGUCGUGCGACUCGCUCGACGAGGCUCUCCUUCCAUCUGAUGCUACGGUGUCGGAUGUGUGCGGUUUCGGAAACGUUGUCGACCAUGGUGUGUUCAGCUCCAAAUUCGCCUGCAUUCCCAAGGGCGUGACGGUCGUUCAGGUGUUCGACACAGCCUUCAAAGGUGCCGCGAAGUGCGCCCUCGCCGGCGUUCAGCACUCUGUUCUUUGCCACGGUUUGUCGACGAAGGUGGUCUCGGCUAGAGGUCUGGAUAACGUGCCAUGGCUAACCGCAUCCAGGAAACUGAAUGCCGAAGGUCGUUUCGCAUGCAUGCAAUUCCCUCUCUCGGAUGUGUGCAAGGCUUUGUACUACGACCUCCCCUCUGCUUGGCUUGCCUGCGCAGAGGAAGAAACCACCUGGGACGUGGUUGUCGACUGCAAGCCGGCGGGUAUUUUCAGCCAUCACCUGUACAGCACUGUGGUCAGCCAACACAAGAACGAGCUCCAGAACCAGAACGUUUGCAUUCUUAACUCAGUGAUGUACGCGCUCUCCCUCGGGGGCUUCAAGCACAAGCCGGAGUACGUUGUUGCUGCGGACUCGAAGAAGUUGGCUACAUUCCUUCCUCCUGCGCCUGAAAAGGAGUGCCCUCCCGGUGUGACAGACUUGCAGAAAUUUGCCAUUGCCUGCUUGAAGAAGGAAGCGCUGUGCAAGACUGACGAGGCGCUGAUUGAACAGCUGGCGACGCGUGUGGCGCUGCUGACGACCAUCACGACGGUUGAGCGACAGUGUUUGAGCCAGCGCCUUGUGUCCUUGGUUAAUGCGAGAGGCCAUUGGAUCUUGCGCGAGAUGCUGGAAGUCUGCGCCCCUGUCGUUGCUUGCUCUCCGUGGAUUCCGUGUCAUCCUCUUGUUCCUUGCGCUCCUCAGUGCCUUCCUCGCCCUUCGUGCCCUCCUUGUCCUCCUGCUGUAGAGUUCCCUCCAUGCAUUCCCGGGCUCGAUUCCAGGCAGCUGUACUUCAUCACUAGAGUUGUCAGCUAUGCCAAGUCUGCAGUCAGCGCCUGUAGAAUCGAGGAGCUGGCGAAGCGCAUUGCGCGGUGCUCUGGUUAUGGCCUGACGUUGGCCGAGCAGCAGACCAUCGUGGACGAGCUGACGUGUCUGAUCCAGGAGGAUGGAUGGGCGCUCUUGCGACUGUUGUUUGCCAGCGAGCCCCCCGCCGAUCUCAAGUUCCCAGAGAAGAAGGUGCAAUGCCCUCCUCCGUGCUCCCCUGUAUGCCCUUCUGCGGAUUGCAAUACUCAUCUUCGUAAGCUCGUUUCGUUGAUGGGCGUGGAGGGAUACGAGAUCGGUCUCAAAUUCAAGAACGAGUAUGCGUGCCUGUCCGUCGAGCAGCGCAACUGCCACUACCAGACGCUCUAUGUGAAGGGCGGCAUGGAGGCAGUGACGACGGCGGCCGCCAUAGCUGGUGAUGCCUGCUACAUUGAUGUUCUUGCCGCGGCCGUGGGUGAGCAUGUCCGCUGCGCCGCUGUGUCCACCGCUUGCUGCCCGCCUCUCUCCUCUUCCUACUCUACCCUUUCUGCUUCUCUCAAAUGCCAGCUCUUGCAAUCUGUCGUCUCUGCCGCGGGGCCUCGCGGACACGAGAUCGUGGUUCGCCUGGCGGAUUGUGCAUUGCUCCUUGAGGACUCCGAGAAGAAGACCUUGUAUGUCGAACUGGUGAAGCUCGGCGGAGUGUCUGCGCUUGCCGCCGGCGCACGCCUCGCUGCUGAUGUUGCCUUGCUCAAGACUGUAGUGGCGGCCGGAGAGCGUGUCCGUCUUGUCCGAGGCGAGCCGCCGGUAGACCUUUGUGCGCGAAGGGAGGCCAGGAGACAGAGGGAGAAGCAAUUGCUCAAGGAGGUCAUUGUGAUUGCUGGCUGUGCCGGUUACGAGUUUUCUGUUCAGCUGAUGCAAGAGGGGUUGACGGUGGCGUGCCGGAAAGAGAUAUAUUCGAAGCUCUUCGCCGAGGGAGGCGUUGAGGCUGUAGCCAUAGCUGCCCUCGUCUCCGAGGACGAGAUUAUGGAGGGUGAGUUGGAGAAGGCGGGCGUGGAGCACGCAACGUUUGUCCAAUCUCCGGCUGCCAUCAUGUGUCUUUUGUCAGCCUGCUGUCCGUUGCCUGUGCCUCCCACGGGGUGGGAAUGUGACUACCUGCUGAGUGCGGAAGAAAGGCGAGUUGUCAGUGCUCUGUGCUACCUUGCUCGAGAGGAUUGCACGGUGCGCUCGCUUGCGACGAAGCUGGCACUAGAGAAGAAGGUUCUGUCUGCGGGGGAUCGGAAAAGCCUCGUUGCACAAAUCGUCUCCAAAACGGGUUGCGAGGGACUCGAUCUUGUCCAAAGCCUCUGCUGCUAGGUGAAGGUGGUCGCCUUCCUGAUGGUGCCGAACACUGCCUCGUUACAAGGAAAUGCAAAGCCCAAAUGU